AUGGCAUCUGUGGCUCUCUACUACUUACCCAGCUGCUGCAUCACCACGCCCUUCCCCUACUCUCUGUCCCUCAUUCCCUUCCCGGCUUCCUCCCCCCAACCCACAGCAGCAGCAGCGCUAUCAUGUCAGCCAUACCCUGCCCGCCCAUGGCAUCUGUGGCUCUCUCGCAUCCAGCUGCUGCCAUUAGGGAGGGGGCAGGGCCCCACAGCAGCAGCAGCCCUGGCAGCCAUACCCUACCCGCCCAUGGCAUCUGUGGCUCUCUCCUACCCUGCUGCUGCCAUCAGGGAGGGGGCAGGACAAGCAGGGGGGCUGCGCGGGUAUGGGCAGCUGCACCCGCGCUCCCAGGGGCUGGCUACAUUAGGUGAGACGGGUGGAAGUGGGAGGGAGAGGGAUGGGUGGGGCGGGGAGGGCAAGGGGGCUGAAGGGGUAUGGGCGGCUGCACCCGCGCUCCCAGGGGCUGGCGAAGCUAGGCUGCAUCUACAGCUCCGCCCUCUUCCCCAACAGAGCUCCCGAUGGUUAGGUGCUGCUCAUCUGCUACGCUGCAUCUACAGCUCGGCUCUUUUCCCCAACAGAGCUCCCGACGGCCACGUGCUGCUCAUCUGCUACGUGGGCGGCGCAGGGAACGAUUCUGUAGCUCAGAUGUCCCGCACAGACCUCAUAGCAGCAGUGGACUAUGACAUGCGCACCACGCUCCUCCAUUCCUCCGCCCCUCCACCUCUGGCGCUCGGAGUGCGUGUGUGGCCGCGUGCCGUUCCCCAGCUGAAUAUCGGCCAUCUUGCAAGAAUAGAGGCGGCGAAGAGAGGGAUCGAAGAGGCGGGGAUGGAGGGGGUGUUUCUUGGGGGAAAUUAUUUGACGGGUGUUGCUCUGAGUUGCCUGAGCCAAGUGAGCCUUUCGGGUGAAUCCAAAUCGUCGCACGUCGCUCAGAGGCACGUCGCCAGCCGUCGUGGCGCUCGCUGCGAUGCUGCGACGGCGGGGAGCGACGGGAAGCCGCGCGUGCGAUUCGCGCCGUCGCCGACGGGGAACCUGCAUGUGGGCGGGGCUCGCACGGCGCUCUUCAACUGGCUCUUCGCGAGGGCGACGGGCGGCAAGUUCGUGCUGCGCGUGGAGGACACCGAUCUGAACCGCUCCACACCGGAGUCGGAGGCCGCCAUGGUGCGCGACCUGCGCUGGCUGGGGCUCGACUGGGACGAGGGCCCGGACGUGGGUGGUCCCCUGGGUCCGUACCGCCAGUCGGAGCGCAAUGAGAUCUAUCGCGAGCUCACAGAGAAGCUGCUCGCCUCGGGCAUGGUUUACCGCUGCUUCUGCUCUGAUGAGGUGGGGAGCGGUGCUGAGAGAACGGUGGUGGGAGGAGGUCGUGGGGGAUUUGAUGAGGUGGGUGAGUUGCUAUACAAAGUGCUGCUUCUGAUGAGGCAAGGGAAGGGAGGAGGUGUGGCGCAUGAGGUGAAUGCAGGGAGGGGCGUGGUGUGCAAGCUGAACAGUCAUGAGGCUUACUCCUCUUUGCCCCCGAUCCCCCCCUCCCCAUCCCCGUCCCUCUUCGCUCCCAAUCCCCCCAUCCCUCUUCGCUCCCAAUCCCCCCAUCCCUCUUCACUCCCAAUCCCCCCAUCCCUCUUCACUCCCAAUCCCCCCAUCCCUCUUCGCUCCCAAUCCCCCCAUCCCUCUUCACUCCCAAUCCCCCCAUCCCUCUUCGCUCCCAAUCCCCCCAUCCCUCUUCGCUCCCAAUCCCCCCAUCCCUCUUCGCUCCCAAUCCCCCCAUCCCUCUUCGCUCCCAAUCCCCCCAUCCCUCUUCACUCCCAAUCCCCCCAUCCCUCUUCACUCCCAAUCCCCCCAUCCCUCUUCGCUCCCAAUCCCCCCAUCCCUCUUCACUCCCAAUCCCCCCAUCCCUCUUCGCUCCCAAUCCCCCCAUCCCUCUUCGCUCCCAAUCCCCCCAUCCCUCUUCGCUCCGCCUCCCGCGUUCCCACUGUGCAGGAGCUAGCAGCAAUGAAGGCGGAGCAGGAGGCGAAGAAGCUUCCUCCCAAGUACGCGGGCAAGUGGGCGCGUGCCAGCGAGGACGAGGUGGCUGCUGAGCUGGCAAAGGGCACGCCGCACUCGUUCCGGUUCCGAGUGCCGCCCAACAAGCUCAUCAAGAUCAACGACCUCGUGCGAGGCGAGGUGAGAAUCGCACGUGGUGUGGUGUGCAUACAUACAUACAUCGAUGAGAUGGUGAGUCGUGAGCUAGUCACGGGCUCACCUCACUCGUUCCGGUUCCGAGUGCCACCCAACAAGCUCAUUAAGAUCAACAACCUCGUGCGAGGCGAGGUGGUGUGGAACACGGACACGUUGGGCGACUUUGUGGUGCUGAGGAGCAACGGGCAGCCGGUGUACAACUUCUGUGUCACUGUGGAUGACGCCACCAUGAAGAUCUCCCACGUCAUCAGAGCGGAGGAGCAUCUGCCCAACACUUUGCGUCAGGCGCUCAUCUACGAGGCCCUGGGUCUGCCCAUGCCCACAUUCGGCCACGUGUCGCUCAUCCUCGCCCCUGACCGCUCCAAGCUCUCCAAGCGCCAUGGCGCCACCUCUGUUGGACAGUUCAAGGAUCUGGGCUUCCUACCAGAGGCCAUGGUGAACUACCUGGCGCUGCUGGGGUGGAACGACGGCACAGAGGACGAGAUCUUCACACCCUCGCAGCUCGUUGAGAAGUUCUCCCUCUCACGCGUCACCAAAUCGGCCGCCAUAUUCGAUAACGCCAAGCUGAGGUGGAUCAAUGGUCAGCACUUCCGCCAGCUGUCCGAGGAAGCUUCCACGCAGCUGCUCGCCGAGCAGUGGCACGCCAGCGGGCUGCUGGCGUCAGCAGAUGCUAGCAGCCGCACCACACAGGUGAGGGGGAUUGGGGGAGGUGGGGUGGGGAGGGGUUGUGGGGAAAGGAGGGGGAAAGUGGGGUUUAGGGCGAGCAGCCGCACCGCACAGGCAGCAGCAGCGCUGGUGCGCAAUGGGCUGGAGCUCGUUACAGAUGCGGAUGCGACACUGGAGGCACUGCUGGCAUACCCUCUCAAGGAGACACUUGCCAGUGAGGAAGCCAAGGCAGUGGUGGAGGACGGGCUUGUCGAAGUGAGGGCGGCACUGCUGGCGGAGUGGGAGAGCGGAGCACUGCUGGCAGCGGUGGAUGGCGGUGCAGCCACGUGGAAGAAGUGGAUCAAGGGGUUCGGCAAGGCCACUGGACGCAAGGUAAGGGCAGUGGUGGGGGGAGUAGCGGUGGAUGGCGGUGCAGCCACGUGGAAGAAAUGGAUUAAGGGGUUCGGCAAGGCCACUGGACGCAAGGUGAGGAAGGGGGGUGCCGCAGAAGAGGCGGUAUUGAGGAAAGGGAGUGCUGCGACGUGGAAGAAGUGGAUCAAGGGGUUCGGGAAGGCCACUGGGCGCAAGGUGAGAAGGGGGAGGGGAGGGAGAGAGGGAAAGCGUCUCUUCAUGCCCAUCCGCAUUCUCCUCACGGGGUGCAUGCACGGGCCGGACGUGGGGGAGACGCUCGCCAUGCUGCAGCACGCAGCAGCGGACAAGGCCCUGGGGCCCAAGGCACACUGCGUGGGGCUGGAGGAGAGGAUCAGCCUCCUCAGAGAUGCGGACCUUACUGCUGCUCCUGCUGGUGCUGAGGCUGUGGCUGCGAGCGUGGCGCAAUGA